AUGGCAAGCAACAACGAGAUCUUUUCCAACCACGGCGGUCAAGAGCCAUACGCCUCUCCCUUUACUGGAUUUCACGACCACGUCACUAUAGACUUUCCAACAACACCUGAUGCCCCAGCCUUCUCCCCUGUUGUCUACUCUCAUAUUGCCGGCUAUGGAGUUGGACAUGGGGCCAAGGAGUCUGGUGCCGACUUUUGUAGACCAAUCUACAACGCACAUUACCCUGAUUUCUGGUUUCAGCAAAAUCAGUUUCAGACAGAACCGCCACUACCUCAGAACUUUCCAUACGCCACGUUCCCACAGCAUAAAAAAGCAGUCCACGAUCAAGCCGCCGUUGAUGGCUACACCACAGAACCACUCCCUGGUCACACUUCCCCAGCGGAUUGGUCAAGUCCGUUCUGUAGCUCAUCCCCUCUCACACCCGGGCCUGAAAUAAUGAACGGCGAUAUCAGCAUGAAUGGAGGUUACAUUCCUUCGCGCCGACCUAGUUUUGCACGCCGACCGAGUGUGCCCGGCGACUUUGGUGGAACUGCAUCACCCAACACAAUGGACUCGCCAUACAGCAACAGCAGCUACUCUGGCACCAUCCGAUCGUCACAGAGCAACGUCUCGUCGCCCACGGCAUCCUCUGGCCCAUUACCACUGCCCCCUCCUCCUCCUCAUCCUCCUCCACCGCCACCAUCAUACCCGCGAGGAGGGGGCAACAGCGUCGUCAUCUCGUCCCAGCACGAGCAAAACAAGCAAAAAAACCGCGCCGCAGCCGCCCGAUGCCGCGAAAAAACCAGACACUACGCCGACGAGCUGCGCGGGCGGGAGCGCGACUUGUCGUCCAAGAAGGAGUUUCUGACGGCGUGCGUCGCGGAUCUACGGGACGAAAUCCUGGCGCUGAAGAAUGAGAUUCUUCGCCACAGUGACUGUAAUUGCGAUUACAUACAAAAGUACUUGACCGCGGCUGCGAAUCAGGUCGCUUGA